AUGUUACAUCGUAAUGAGAUACUGACAACACUCUUAUUGGGAAAUAAUAACAUAGGUGACAACGGAGUAAAAUAUCUAGCCGAUGCAUUAUACAGUGGCACGGUAUUAAAUGUCUUGGAUCUUAGUGGUAAUAAUAUUGGGCCUGAACUUCAAGCAUUGAACCUUCGGUCGAAUCGAAUUACUAACGGAGGAGCAGGAUUUCUAGCAAUUGCAUUAAAUCGGAACACUAUUCUCAAACGAAUUUCUCUAUGGCAAAAUGAAAUCACAGACAAUGGUGCACAACAUUUGAUGAAUGCAUUACAUCAUAAUCAUCAACGCAUUAUAUUUAAUAUUUAUGAGAAUCGAUUAAAAACAACUGAUGUCGUUCGACGGGAACCACUGUAUCAUUUUAUUAGAAGUAGAGUCUUAUGUGAAGAAUCAAAUUUGUUUGGUCGGAACAGAUCUCAAAGAACAACAUCGAGAAUGUUUGCCGAUCAUUCUGACACACAAAAAGCACAACCAAUGAACGAAGAAGAUUUCUGGCUUGGACUUUAUGGGACCAAGGAAUUACUUUCAAGACUCCCUGAUUGGUCUUGA